AUGGCUUCCCAGAAACAAGGUCAUGCUUAUGAAUUCGGUGGGCCCGUCGGUGCCGCUUUCUUAGUAGUUAUCUUACCAUUAAUAGUGUUAGGAAUCACUUGGCUAUCAAUGACAACAGAUUGGAAAAUUACCUUACCUCAAGAGCCACUACCAUCAAUAAGUGAUUUAUGGGAUUUAGACGCUCUAAAAUUGGUGUGUGUCUGGAACCUGCUUCAGGCACUUUUCUACCUCUCUCCCUUGGGCAAGACUGCGUUGGGCUUUCCACUCAAGGAUGGUAGCCGAUUAGCUUACUAUAUGAACGGAUUGCCUGCCUUCCUAUUAAGCUGUGUUGGGCUUGCUGUGUGUUAUCAUAAGAACCUGCUUCCUUUAACAUUCGCCUAUGAUCGAUUUAUACAAUUAGCUUUCGCAUCGUGGUUCUUUUCCCUAGUGUUAAGCAUAUACCUAUUCACUACAGCCAUAGCGAAAGGUACAGGCUAUUCUCAACCCGGAAAUUCAGGCAAUGUCAUAUAUGACUUUUUUAUGGGUCGUGAGUUAAACCCUCGCAUUGGCAACCUUGAUCUUAAAGUAUUCUACGAAAUGCGUCCAGGUUUAAUCGGUUGGAUCAUGAUUAAUUUUUGCAUGGCCGCAAAACAAUACGAAAAGCAUGGUAGUGUGACAACAUCGAUGCUCUUGGUUUGCUUCUUUGAAUUUUGGUAUAUAUUGGAUGCCUUAUGGUUUGAGGAAGCUAUACUGUCUAUAAUGGACAUUACUCAUGAAGGAUUUGGCUUCAUGUUGGCUUUUGGCGAUAUUGUGUGGGUUCCAUUUUUAUAUUCUUUACAAGCAAGAUAUCUUGUCGAUCAUCCGGUCGAUCUACCAUUAUGGGCUAUCGCAGGAAUUCUUAUUUUACAAACUGCUGGUUACAUUAUCUUUCGUAGAUCUAACAGUACGAAGAAUGAAUUUAGACGCGAUCCUAAUAGCCCAGCAUCGAAACGCCUUGAAACCUUGACUACCGAUAAUGGUAAGAAAUUAAUUAUUUCUGGUUGGUGGGGAAUGUGUCGUCAUCCUAAUUAUCUUGGAGAUCUAAUGAUGGCAUUAGCAUGGUGUCUUCCGUGCGGUUUUGGUAGUAUUCUACCCUAUUAUUAUAUUAUCUAUUUCACUAUCCUUCUUAUACAUCGUGAAAGACGUGAUUCUGAAAAUUGCCAGCAUAAGCAUGGUAAAGGCUGGGAUAAAUACUGUAAAAUAGUAAAAUAUCGCAUCUUUCCAGGUAUCUAUUAA